AAACAAACAAACCCUAGCCCAUUCCCUCCUUUCUCAUUCCCCUUCUCUCUGUCUCCCUCUCUCGACUUACAACCAUAAGCUGACAGAGACGACUAAUGGAUUCAGACGAGGGGAAGCUCUUUAUUGGGGGAAUAGCAUGGGACACCACGGAGGAAACUCUUCGAGACCACUUCUCCCAGUACGGAGACGUUUCCCAGGUUGUAAUAAUGCGGGACAAGACUACUGGUCGACCUCGUGGCUUUGGUUUCGUGGUUUUCUCCGAUCCUUCAAUUCUCGAUCGCGUCCUCCAGGACAAGCACACCAUCGAUGGCCGUACUGUUGAGGCUAAGAGAGCUUUAUCAAGAGAAGAACAACAGACCUCCUCUAGAUCUGGUAAUGUUAAUGCUGGUAGGGGCUCUAGUGGUGGUGGUGGUGGAAAUUUUAAGACCAAAAAAAUAUUUGUCGGUGGUUUGCCAUCCACCCUGACAGAAGAUGGCUUCCGUGAAUAUUUUGAAAAUUAUGGUCAUGUAACUGAUGUGGUGAUAAUGUUUGACCAGCAUACUCAGAGGCCUCGUGGCUUUGGAUUUAUCACCUUUGACACUGAAGAUUCAGUUGAUAGAGUACUUCACAAGGUCUUCCAUGAGCUGAAUGGUAAACUUGUAGAGGUAAAACGGGCACUCCCAAAAGAUGCAAAUCCAGGUAGUGGGGCCCAUGGUGGGGGAUAUCAAGGUUAUGGUGCCUCUGGUGCCAAUACAAAUGCUGUUGAUGGUCGAAUGGUUGGAAACAGAUAUAUGCAGACUCAAACUUCUGCAGGUGGGUAUACACCUUAUUCUGGUUAUGGCGCACCAAGUUAUGGUUAUGGUGCAACAAACAGUGGAGUUGGUUAUGGUGGUUAUGGUAGUUAUGGUGUUGGUGGAUAUGGAGCUGGGAACACCGGGUUUGGUGGUCCAACAGGGGCAUAUGGAAUGCCUGGUGCCCUGAAAAAUAAUUGGGGUGGCCAAGUUCCUUCCAAUUAUGGUGGGUCAGGUUAUGGUGCAAAUGCAAGUUAUGGGGCCACAGCUCCAUGGAGUGCAUCUGGUGGUGGCAAUCCUGCUUCAGCUCCUAUGGGUCAAUCUCCAGGAGGAACUUCUGGGUAUGGAGGUUAUGGUUAUGGCAAUUAUGGUGGAAAUGAUGGUCCUUAUCCUGGUGGGUAUGGAGCUGCUGUUGGGCGCAUUGGAAAUGCCCCAAAUAACAGCAGUGGAGCUGGUGGGGGAGACCAACAAGGGAGUGGGGAUGGUUACCCAGGUGGUGGCUAUGGUGACACUAAUGGGAAUUCAGGAUAUGGCAAUGAAUCUUGGAGGUCUGAUCCUGCACAAGUAUCUGGUAGUUAUGGUGGUGGUCAUUCACGGCAGGCACCACAGCAGUGAUUGAUGAUGCCUUAAGUUUUGCAGGAAUUCAUACUCAGGCUUAUAUUCAUAUGUCAUUGGUGGUAGAACGAAUGUAUGAUGGCAGCGGAUACCAGGAAUGGUUGGAUUGCUUGAAACCUCAGCUGUAGUUUGCAGUAGUUUUCAGCUAGUAUAUAUGGCUAGUAUUUCCAAGUAGUGGCAAUAUCUCUUAUCUAUUAGUCUUUGAUCUCAAGUUGCAAUUGUUAACUUCAAGUUAUUUGUUGUUUUAUCAUUUUCUUUUUUCCUCUUUCUACUGUUUAAAGCUGGAGUAAUGUUCUGAGCAUUUUCUAUUGUUAUUGAUGUUGGUUGUGUUGGUAUUUAA